UCCCAGUUACAUCUGUUGGCAUUCUUUCUUGAACAGAAAGACAACUCUCUUGGAAACAAAUUGUCCCCAAAUUUCGAUCCCAAAUCACACAGGAGAAUCAUGGGUCAGGGUACACCCGGUGGUCUUAACCGUCAGCUUCCCGGCGACCGCAAGAACGAUGGUGACAAGAAAGAGAAGAAGUUCGAGCCGGCUGCUCCUCCGGCUCGCGUUGGUCGGAAGCAGCGUAAACAGAAGGGACCGGAGGCGGCGGCUCGGAUACCCACGGUCACGCCGCUGACGAAGUGCAAGCUGCGGCUUUUGAAGCUGGAACGAAUCAAGGAUUACUUGCUUAUGGAAGAGGAGUUCGUGGCAAAUCAAGAGAGAUUGAAGCCACAGGAGGAGAAAACGGAGGAGGAUCGGUCCAAGGUUGAUGACUUGCGUGGCUCGCCGAUGAGUGUUGGGAAUUUGGAGGAGUUGAUAGAUGAGAAUCAUGCUAUUGUUUCUUCGUCGGUGGGGCCGGAGUAUUAUGUUGGGAUCUUGUCGUUUGUGGAUAAGGAUCAGCUCGAGCCUGGAUGUGCUAUUCUUAUGCACAAUAAGGUGCUUUCUGUUGUUGGAUUGCUUCAAGAUGAAGUAGACCCUAUGGUUUCUGUGAUGAAAGUUGAGAAAGCUCCAUUGGAGUCAUAUGCCGAUAUUGGUGGUCUGGAUGCCCAGAUCCAGGAAAUCAAAGAGGCAGUUGAGCUUCCAUUAACACACCCGGAAUUGUAUGAAGAUAUAGGUAUUAAACCUCCCAAGGGUGUCAUCCUCUAUGGAGAGCCUGGAACUGGAAAAACUUUACUUGCAAAGGCUGUGGCAAACUCUACAUCUGCAACUUUCUUGCGUGUAGUUGGAAGUGAAUUAAUUCAGAAGUACCUGGGAGAUGGUCCCAAAUUGGUGAGAGAACUCUUUAGAGUUGCUGAUGAUCUCUCACCAUCUAUCGUCUUUAUUGAUGAAAUUGAUGCAGUGGGUACAAAAAGGUAUGAUGCCCACUCAGGUGGUGAACGUGAGAUUCAAAGGACUAUGUUGGAAUUGCUGAACCAGUUAGAUGGUUUUGAUUCAAGAGGAGAUGUCAAAGUAAUUCUUGCAACAAAUAAGAUCGAAAGUCUUGAUCCUGCCCUCCUUCGCCCUGGUAGAAUAGACAGAAAAAUUGAAUUCCCUCUUCCGGAUAUCAAGACAAGGAGGCGCAUCUUCCAGAUACACACAUCAAGGAUGACGUUGGCUGAUGAUGUCAACCUGGAAGAAUUUGUUAUGACAAAAGAUGAGUUCUCAGGAGCUGAUAUUAAGGCCAUUUGUACUGAAGCUGGUUUGCUUGCUUUAAGAGAGCGCCGCAUGAAGGUAACUCAUGCAGAUUUCAAGAAGGCAAAAGACAAGGUUAUGUUCAAGAAGAAAGAGGGUGUUCCUGAGGGGCUCUAUAUGUGAGAAUUAUCGUCUUCUCUUUUCAAGUAGACAUGUAUCACUUGUUUUUAAAUGUGAUUUUAUCUUCACCUAUCUUUCUACAAAUCUUUGGGAAACUUAAGUCGCAGUUGGCUGCAAUUUGUUUCGCCUUCAUGUUUGCCUGCGCUUGUUGAAUUUUCCACUUCAGUCUCCCAUUUCGUAGGUGAUGAAGUUAUAAAUAUCUAGUUUUCUUUCC